GAUCCGGCCACCAUUUUCCAACACACAGCGGCGGCAGCGCAGCUAGCAGCACGGCCCACCGACAGCCAGGGAAGCAGGCGAGCGGGGAGACGGCGAGCCGACCCACCCUCACGACCCGGAGAGAGGAAGCGUCCUUCCCCUCGGCACCGGCGGGGCAGCCAUGGCGGCCAACAUGUACCGGGUCGGAGAUUAUGUUUAUUUUGAGAACUCGUCCAGUAACCCGCUGCUGAUCAGGAGGAUCGAGGAGUUGAAUAAGACCGCCAAUGGGAACGUGGAGGCCAAAGUGGUGUGCUUUUACAGACGGAGGGACAUCUCCAGCACGCUCAUCGCCCUGGCCGACAAGCACGCCAGGGAGCUGGAGGAGGAGAUGGAGAACCCCGAGAUGACCGACCUCCCCGAGAAGCAGAAACAUCAGCUCAGACACAGGGAGCUCUUCUUAUCCCGCCAGCUCGAGUCCCUCCCGGCCACGCACAUCAGGGGGAAAUGUUGUGUGACGCUGCUGAAUGAGACAGAAGCGCUCAAGUCGUACCUGGACAGAGAGGAUGCCUUCUUCUACUCGCUGGUGUACGACCCCCAGCAGAAGACCUUGCUGGCCGACAAGGGCGAGAUCCGGGUGGGCAACAAGUAUCAGGCCGACAUCACUGACCUGCUCAACGAAGGUGAGGAGGAUGCCAGGGACCUGGAGAAACUGGAGGAGAAGAUCUGGGAGCCCAGCAGUUCGCUGACGGAGAAGCAGAUUGACCAGUUUUUGGUGGUCGCUCGGUCGGUGGGUACAUUUGCCCGAGCCUUAGACUGCAGCAGCUCCGUGCGCCAGCCCAGCCUUCACAUGAGCGCCGCCGCGGCCUCCAGAGACAUCACCUUGUUCCACGCCAUGGACACGCUGCACGGCACGGGCUACGACGUAACGCGGGCCAUCGCAGCGCUGGUGCCCCAGGGCGGCCCAGUUCUGUGUCGCGACGAGAUGGAAGAGUGGAGCGCCUCCGAGGCCAACCUGUUCGAGGAGGCGCUGGAGAAAUACGGAAAGGACUUCACCGACAUCCAGCAGGAUUUUUUACCCUGGAAGUCCCUGACGAGCAUCAUCGAGUAUUACUACAUGUGGAAGACCACUGACAGAUAUGUGCAGCAGAAACGAUUAAAGGCAGCCGAGGCCGAAAGCAAGUUGAAGCAGGUCUACAUCCCCAACUAUAACAAGCCAAACCCCAACCAGCUGAGCAGCAACAACCCAAAGCCCGUGGCCCUGGUCAACGGAGCGGCCGGAGCCGCAGCGCCCGGAGCCGCAGCGCCCGGACACCCGGGACUGCCGGGUCCGGGGCAGAACCCACCGCCACUCGCACGAGCCUGUGAAAGCUGCUACACCAACAGUUCCUACCAGUGGUACUCGUGGGGUCCGCCCAACAUGCAGUGUCGCCUGUGCGCCUCCUGCUGGACAUACUGGAAGAAGUACGGCGGGCUGAAGAUGCCCACCAGGCUGGACGGGGAGCGACCUGGACCCAACCGCAGCAGCAUGAGCCCUCACGGCGUGCCUCUGCGGCACAGCAGCAGCCCCAAGUUUGCCGUCAAGACGCGGCAGGCCUUCUACCUGCAGACCACCACCCUGACGAGGGUGGCGCGCCGCCUCUGCCAGGACAUCAUCAAGCCCCGCUACCUGGGCCGCCACCCCUACCUCCCCGUCAACACGGCCGCCAUCAAGGCUGAAUGUGCGCUACGGUUGCCAGAUAAAGAUCCCGGCAAGCCUUCGCCGCUCAAACCAACAGAACGCAAACCUCUGGAGUCGGUGGUUCGGUAUCUAGAAGCACAUCCCCGUCCAGUCAAAGUGGAGCCACCCGCCAGGGUGGCGUCCAUCUCCAUGGGCAGCCUGACGCCCAUCAAGUCCUCCCCCAUCCUCAACAACGGCUCCCCCACCAUCCUGGGAAAGCGCAGCUAUGAGCAGCACAAUGGAUUGGACGGCAGCAAAUCCAAAGGCUUGACCCCCCAGUGGGACAUCAUGGCCAAACGCAUGAGUGAGGUGGGCCGGCCCUCGCCCGCCAUGCACGACGAGGUGCACCAACUGGACUGACCUCCUCCGUCCGCCACUCGCAACGACCAGAGGGCGCCAGAACUCACGUUCCACUAAAAGGUUUGGUUGUUGAGUUCAGCUGGAAGGAGCCUAUUGUUUUUGUUUUGGUUUUUCUUCAGCUGUUUGACGGUCCAAUUCUUUGUACAGGACUGUUUAUUACUUGCAUCUUUUGUCGUCAAAAUGUUUUGGUUUUGUUGUUUAUUGUUCCUUUUUUUACCGUCUAUAAUUGCGCUUCUUGCUCUUCUUUGGUGGACAAAUGUUUCAUAAGGAAUGCUUGUGAAGUUAAAAAAAAUCCUGUGGAAGGACUGUAACAUAAGCCACUUGCGACUUGUAUUUUUUUUUUUUUUUUAUGGGUUAUUAUUCCAAACCCCCUGUGAGGAGAUGCACUUUUAUUUCAUGACAUGCAUUAACUCCGUCUAUCUUUUUUUUGGUUAUGGUUGUCAUUUUGAAUUUGAGGGGGGAAAAAAAAGAAAAAAAACGCUUUAUGGGAAUCUUGUUUUGUCUGCCGGGCCUGAGCGCUCUUUGGGCCAAGAGAGGUUUAACUUAUUGAGAAGGACUCGCUGUUUUUUCUACCUUUUUCACAAGUAUUGCAUCUAUGCUUCGAUAAUGUCAUUAAAAAAUACAAAGAGAACAU